GUUCGAAGGUAAUAUUUUUCCCUCUUCAAUUUUAUUUUACAUCAACGGAUUCUUCCACUGACCAUCGCCGCCGACAGCACACUUUCACCUUCCGACCUUUUUCUCAAGCAUCAAAAUCUUCAAAUUCACCCAUAAAGCCAUGAAAAACCGUAGCAAUUUUCAUCUACUUGGGUUCAAGUUCAACAAUUCGAUUCAGGUUACUCUGAGUUGCAACUUCAGAUCGAGGUUUAGGGUUUAAGCUCCGGGCAACCAAUUUGCAUCAGUUCGUCUUCAGAUAUCGCAUUCCAAAUUGAUAUUAGGAAGUUCAAAUGAAGAAGAAUCACAAUCCGUAUUAUCCAGAUCGGAAAUGGCUGAUGCCAUUGGCUGUAUUUUUCUUGCUCUUUCUGAUUGUUACUUCCGUGUACCCUAAAUCUUCUUCCCAUGGCGCAACGAGAGUCGUACUAGACUCCAAUGACAAUGAAAGGCUGGAGUUAGGGCUUCCGCCAUUGCCGAGAUUUGCGUAUUUGAUAUCAGGAACGAAAGGAGAUGGCGGAUCGAUGAGGCGGCUUCUUCAGGCGGCAUAUCAUCCGAGGAACUACUAUCUGCUACAUCUUGAUCUGGAAGCUUCGGAUUCCGAGAGACUCGAACUAGCGAAAUACGUGAAGUCGGAGAGCGUAUUGAGAGAGUUCAGGAAUGUGAUGGUUGUGGGAAAGGCCAAUUUGAUCACUGAUAAAGGUCCAACUAUGAUUGCUUCUACGCUUCAGGCGAUUGCGAUAUUGCUGAAUCGCGCUAAAGAUUGGGAUUGGUUCAUUAAUCUCAGCGCCUCUGAUUAUCCUCUGGUCUCGCAAGACGAUCUUCUGCAUGUAUUCUCCUUCUUGCCAAGGGAUUUGAACUUCGUUGAGCACUCAAGUAAUCUUGGUUGGAAAGAGGACUUGGGAGCAAAGACUAUAAUUAUAGAUCCUGGCUUAUAUCAUGCAAAGAAAUCUGGAGUGUUUUGGGCAAAAGAGCGAAGGUCGAUACCGUCGUCGUUCAAGCUAUUUACAGGAUCUUCAUGGGUGGUUCUCACGAAGCCAUUUCUGGAAUUUUGCAUAUGGGGAUGGGACAAUCUCCCUCGCACUCUCCUAAUGUACUACACCAAUUUCUUGUCUUCCUCGGAGGGUUACUUCCACACUAUCAUUUGCAACCACAAAGACUACCAAAACACUACGGUGAACCAAGACUUGCAUUAUAUGAAAUGGGACAAUCCUCCAAACCAACACCCGAUUAAUCUAACGUCCGAACAUUUCAUCGACAUGGUCCAAAGUGGUCUCCCUUUUGCACGAAGCUUCGCUGAGAAUAGUUCAGUACUUAACAGAAUCGACGAGGAACUUUUAAAGAGGGCGAAGGGGCAGUUCACACUGGGUGCCUGGUGUGUGAGGAACUCGAACUCGAACUCGAUCUCGGAGAAGGGUCCUUGUGUGGCCUAUGGCAGUCCCCAUGAUGUUAAACCAACCAGCAGCUCGAAGAGGGUGGAAAAGCUUCUGAUGAAGCUUCUUGAUCAUGAAAACUUCAGACCCAGACAAUGUAGUUUGAGCCAUCAGCCAUGGGGCAGAGUGAUUCCUCUGUACAGUAAGUUGAUGUUAAAUAUAUAAUAUUAUUUGGGCUAGGCCCAAAGGUCUUGUAAGUUGGGCCCAACUAACGUAGUUGGGCUUUGAAUGUUGAAGUCGCUGUCAUGGCUUUAAUUGUCGUCGACCAUUCCAUUUGUUGUCGUUCUACGAUUCAUCGAAGAAAUGUCUUUGCUUUUGGUCU